GUGGAAUCUGUACCUGCAGAGAGAGUGCGCGAGAUCUUUGGUUCCGUUUCCACUCUAUCUCUUUACUUCUCCUCACUCUUCCUUAUUGCGCCUGGGGUAAUUCACAGGAGGAGGAACCAUGGUCGGUUGAUAGACUGAAGACUCCAGCUGUCUACUGCAAGAGCAUUAGGAUCCGGACUUGCGCUGCACACGGGCGAAUCUCACGACAGAGACGACGCGAGAGGGAAGGGUCCCCAGUGCGAUCCUUCAACAUCGUCAAUAUGCCGACACUGGAAAGCCGAGCGACCUUGGGAGUCAACAUCACCUUCUUCGUUCUAUCAUGGAUAGCGGUCAGCCUUCGCGUCUUCGUCCGAGCCGGCAUGCUUCGCAACUUCGGCAGCGAUGACUGGACGAUGCUGGCGACACUGGUAUUCUUUACCGCAUAUCUCAUAGUCCAACUCGGCGGUGUGGUAUAUGGAACAGGACAACACCUUUCGGACAUCGAGCCUCACGAUGCCGAGACCGCGCUGAUGUACUGGUACCUGUGCGAAAUCUUCUACGUAUGCUCGACGACUGUUCUCAAAAUUUCGAUCGGGCUAUUCCUGCUGCGGGUCGCGACGAAUAGGAUACACAUCUGGAUCAUCAGGAUAGUGAUGCUACUGGGUCUUGUCUUUGGCGUGGCCUUCACAUUCGUCAUCAUCUUCCAAUGCUGGCCCAUCAGCGACUGGUGGAGUUUGGAUCCAUCGCAGAAGCACUGCAUCAAACCUGAAGUUGUCGUUGGCCUGACGUAUGGCGUCUCCGGUCUCAAUGUCAUCGCGGACUGGACUUUAGGAAUCUUGCCUGCGUUCAUCGUCAAGGAUUUGCAAAUGUCCAAGAGGCAGAAGCGACUGGUAGCGGUGAUCCUGUCUUUUGCUGCCAUUGGAUCCUCGGCUACUAUUGUGCGACUGCCAUAUGUUGGCUCCCUCAUCGAGAGCUUCGACGGCUGGAAUGGGGAUUUUCUGUUCAAUACCGUAGGAGUCGCAAUAUGGACGACGGUGGAGAUCGGUGUUGGCAUCACGGCAGGAUGCAUGGCCACCCUCCGGCCUCUAUUCCGCAUGGCCCUCGAAAAGAUGGGUGUUGCAAGCAGCAGCGGAGGAAAGCGGUCAGGCGCAACGCCCGGCCCCUCUCGAGGUCGCGCAACUCCUCUCGACGACUUUGUGAUGGUAUCUCCCAAGCAUGGAAGGACCAUUACUACCAUCACCGGGAAUGAUCGGGAGCGUCAUGAGUCCGAGAGAAGCUCCGGGAGCAGUAGUCGAGAGCGCCUUUCUCGCCCACUUCCCGACAAGAUUACGAAGAACUUCGUCGUGGAGUAUGAUGAAGACGAAGCUGAUCAUGAACACCAGCACGGCUUUACGCCGUUGCCUAGACGCAAUUAGCGGUAAUUUGUAUAUUAUGAGACCAGAUACUCCAGAAAAGUUCCAGUUCACUCAACGCGUGGCCGGUGGACAGUGC